GAAAUCUUCUCAAGAAAAUGCGAGUCCUAAGCAGAACAUUCCUUCUGACUUCAGUAAGAAUCGUGAAGCAUUGCUUUAUUCCAGUAAGAGUGAAGAAAGACAAUGCAGUUAUGAUAAAGAUACCCUAUCUCAUAUCAGGCAGAUCUUCACCAAUCCACAGCUGGACUUGAAUCCUCAGUUUAACCCAAAGAUCAAAGAAUACUACGCAGAAGUCCCAUUCGACAUGGUGACAGUGAAGAUAGGAGCAGAACCCUCUAACUGUCACUGCCAAGUACACCUUGAUGAGAAGAAAGGGCCAAGCGUUGCUAACUAUCCCCUUGGCCUUGGAUUGAACAAAGUUGUCAUUCUUGUAACAGACGAUUUGCAGCCCAGCCCUCAGGUUGUGAGCAGCUACAAAAUCACAAUUUAUCGAGAGGACCGCCCUAGUCUGCCUUUGUUUGAUGACUAUAUGAUGUGUGGGUUUGUGCAGGACUGUGGCUCUCGAAUUCGUCCAGAGGAGUCCUGUGGCUUGCAGCCUCUGUCUCAUGAAUACCUCUCAGCAAUUUCACAGACGGUGUUUAAGACCUGUGAAGCUGGAGACACAAAAGGGCAGUGGAUUGUCCCUUGUCUCAGCUGCUCUGACAACAGGACCUGUGACUGGAGAGAAAUAACGUGGCAGCCCCACGGCUGCCGAUACUCUGUGCUAGCCAAGCCUGAGCUCCAGCGCUGUGUGGAGGGCAGAAGGAUUCUUUUUAUAGGUGACUCAACUAACAGAGGGAUGAUGUACUAUCUAAUACAAAGAGUGAAUAAGACUCUUCAGGAGUGGCAAAAGACUCAUGAUGUUAAAUCUUAUCAUAACAUCAAUGAGGGGAAAACAUUUAUCAGUUAUUCCUACUAUCCCCAGUUCUGGAUGAACGCAAACCAGAGACCAACUUUUGAAAAAGCUCUUGAACAACUGCUGCAGAGAUCACGUCCCCUGGAGAACACAGACCAGACCGUCUUAAUUGUAGGUGGCGUUCAGUGGCUUAAUUCCAAUCACCUGCAAAUUAUCCAAAAGGUGUUGAAGAGGGAAAAUCUAUCAAAUAUCCUGGUAAUUAUCAAAUCCAUAGGGAUGGGUUUUCACCUGCCAGUGGAUGGAAUACAUUCUCUGUCACAGGCAGAAAUGCAAAACUUGUGGAACGAAAACUUGAUUAUUCUGGAUACGGCAAAAAAUUUUGGCUAUGAAGUAGUUGACACCUUUGUCAUCACCAUGGGACGGUACAAAGAAUUCCUGCAAGGGAAGUGCGGUUGCCAUUUCCAUGAGGUGGUGAAAUCAAAUCCCUCUGAAGAAAGUCCGCACAUAACAAUGACACUGUCAAGGCACUAUACACUGGGGAAAUAUUUCGGCAGUCAAAGCAAGCCAUCACAACUGCAGGACUACACAACAAAUUCUCAGUCCCCAUAUCAUGUCCGAGGUCCAAUAAAUCAAGUUUAUUCUGAAAUCCUUCUCAGCAGGCUCUGUGCAAGUAAGAGGGAGCUUGUCAGCAUGUAA